AGACUGCUUAACCUGCACGGCGUCAAGCUGUUGGAGCCGGUGCACAGAUGAGUGCAGGAUCACGUCUACCCAAGCUCAUCGCCUUUGAUCUAGAUUACACGCUAUGGGACUUCUGGGUUGACUUUCACAUUACACCACCCAUCCGACAGGAUCCUGCUACGGGAACUGUUUACGACAGCUCCACCGCCGACAUCUACUACGGCAGGAGGACCAGCCCAAAUACCAUUGAGUUCUAUCGGGAUGUGCCGGGGAUUUUGCGAAAAUUAAGAAAUGCAGGCGUCACAGUUGCAGCGUGUUCGCGGACGCCUGUUCCCAAAUUGGCAAUGGAGGCUUUGAGGCUCAUCAGGAUACCCAAUGGCAUGGAUACCGAUACCCUACCACCUACUGCACGCAAUGGGUCGAGUGAUACUCCGAGUUGGAAAUCGACGACGACGCCUGCCAUCAAAUUUUUUGACCAGCUUGAAAUAUACCCUACCGAUAAGAAGGUGCAUUUCGAGGCGCUGCACAAGAAGACUGGUUUACCAUACAGUGAGAUGCUUUUCUUCGACGAUGAGAGGAGGAACCGGAAUGUUGAAACACUCGGUGUAACGUUCAUUCUUGUACCCGAAGGACUGGGUGUAGAUAACAAACUAUUUGAAAAGGGCCUCGACGAAUGGCGAAAGAGACACCCUGAACUGAUAUCCCCGAACACUGCGGAGAACUAGUUGUGUGACAUGUAGAUUAUCCUGCGUUCAUUCUUUCCACCACAAUAGUCUGGUAGGGGGGUGGAUUGUAGAGUAGCAGGCU